CCGGUUUGUAUAAGAUAUUUAAAUUAUUUUUCUGAGUUUGUAUGAGAACGCGAUUACAGAUUUACAGCUUCCACUAAGCUGUCGCCAAAGCUUAUUUUGAACGAGCUUGUUCUUCGUGUCUCGCCCUCAUUCUGCCGCAUUUUCCUUUCACACUUUACGACAACGCUCUCAUGCUGUUGUAAGAAACAAUUUGCUGCGGAGUAUAAUUUUCAAUUACAAAUAUUUCUCUCAUUUUUGAACUGAUUUCGUCAAAACAGAUUCAAACAGAAAAUGGCAUCCCUGUCUCUCUGCCUUCUCCUUCUCCUUCUCAGCUUUGAGAUAUACUGCGCCCGCACUCAGAAAUCUACAUCUUCCUCUCCGGCCGACGACUGUAACGGCAUCUUCUUGCAGUACGUGUACACUUCAGGCACCAUUCUCAAGCCUACAGUCAAGACCCGCCAACCCUACCGAUUUGAGUCCACUCUUAGCAUCACCAACAACGGCCUUGACGAGGUCAAGUCCUGGCGUGUCUUCGUCGGGUUUCAGCACGAUGAGUUCCUCGUCUCUGCUUCCAACGCCGUCCUCGACGACGGAACGUCGUUACCGGCGGCCGUGGGCAACGGAACUGUUUUUGCUGGGUUCCCGAAUUCGGAUCUGAAGACUGCAAUCGAGACCGCCGGUGAUUUGACUCAGACGAGUGCCCAGGUCGACUUAGUUGGUACUCAGUUCGGAGUAGGUUUAAUGAAUGCUCCCAUGCCGUCCAAUAUCUCUCUCGUGAAUGAUGGCUUCCUUUGUCCUAAACCCUCUACCCGAGGAAACAGCACUAUGCUUGUGUGUUGUGCAAAAGACCCGAAAUUCAAGGCUAAUCUGACCAGAGAUGGGGAAUUUUUACCACGCCGGGAUGGUGAUCUUACUAUCACGUAUGAUAUCACAAGAACCUAUGAAUCAAAUUAUUGGGCACAGGUUUCCAUUGCAAACCACAACCCACUUGGCCGUCUUGACAACUGGCAGCUGAGCUGGGAUUGGAUGAGAGAUGAGUUCAUAUAUAUCAUGCAAGGGGCUUACCCGUCACUUGUAGAUUCAUCCGAGUGCAUCUUUGGCAAGCAGGGUGAGUAUUACAAAGACCUCGACUUCUCCACUGUAUUGAACUGUGACAGGAGGCCGACCAUCAUUGACCUACCUCUAGAGAAGGCCAAUGACACUACCCUGGGGAAGAUUCCUUUUUGUUGCAGGAACGGCACAAUCUUGCCUCCUGCAAUGGACCCUAGCAAAUCCAUGUCUGCGUUCCUGAUGAAUGUGUUCAAGAUGCCGCCAGAUCUGAACCGUUCCUCCUUCACCCCUCCACAAAACUGGAAGAUCAGCGGUCGGCUGAAUCCGGAUUACAAAUGUGGGCCCCCAGUUCGCGUCUCUCCCAGCGAAUUUCCUGACCCGAGCGGUCUGCUUCCUAACAAAGCGGCAUUUGCCAGCUGGCAAGUGGUUUGCAACAUCACCCAACCAAAGGGAGCAAGCCCGAGAUGCUGCGUCUCCUUCUCCGCAUACUACAAUGAAUCUGUCAUUCCCUGUUCGACAUGUGCCUGUGGCUGCCCUGCCAACACACCAAGAACUUGUAGUACCAAAUCCCCAGCUCUUCUCCUUCCAGCCCAGUCUCUGUUGGUUCCUGCUGAAAACAGGACUAAAAUGGCCUUAGCAUGGGCUUCGCUUAAUCAUUUCUCUGUCCCAAACCCUUUGCCAUGUGCAGAUAACUGCGGCGUUAGUAUCAACUGGCAUUUGUUCACAGACUACAGGGGCGGAUGGUCGGCAAGGAUGACACUCUUCAACUGGGAUGAGUCUCCAUUUGCUGAUUGGUUUGCUGCAGUGGAGUUGGAUAAAACUGCAUCUGAUUUCAAGGCAGUCUACUCAUUUAAUGGUAGUAUAAUGAGUGGUGUCAACAAUACGAUAUUCAUGCAAGGGCUUACUGGACAGAACUUUCUGGUGGGAGAGACGGACGGAGCUAAGCCACUGAAGGAUCCCAGAGUUCCGGGUAAACAACAGUCUGUGAUCUCAUUCAGCAAGAAGAAUACCCCUGGCAUCAGAAUUGCUGCUGGUGAUGGUUUCCCAACCAAGGUUUACUUUAACGGUGAAGAGUGCUCAAUACCAAAACUACUUCCGAAGAGUAAUGCAUUGAAAGUAAGAUCAUCCAUGACAUAUACAUGUCUUACUCUCAUUGUCUUUGUGGUGUUGAUAAGACAAUAACAACUCAAUGGGUAUGACCCCCUGUUCCAUUGUCUUAUUUGUUCAUUCUUUAGUGUAUUUUUGUUACUAUUAGGCAGUGAACCUCAAACUACCUUUAAUCCUUGUAUGUAAUCUUGUAUGAAGGGUUUUGCUACUCCAAGUUUUACGGGGCCAGAGAUCAAAUAUUGUAGUAGGCCACUAUACAUGUCUGUUUAAUGUGACACUUGCGCAAUAUUCUUUUUUGAAUCAUCGGAAUGUGAUUAGGUGGUGGAAGUUACUUUACCACACAUGCUCUGUAUAUUAUGGAUGUUCCAAAAGUCAAAUCGUGUAUCAGGUUAUAUGUUACUCCGUAUGAAUUAAUAUGGCUUUGGAUGAGGGUAUCUUCCAUAUGCUACUCUGUCUAUUUUGUGAAGCCCUGGCUUCUAUUCUUGUUUGUACUAUGCGUGUCUGCCACAAAUGUGAUGAACUACUUUACCCAGGUUGUGAACGGAUACUUCCUAGCUUUGACGUUAGGGGUCUCAAAUCUUUUUAAACAGAUGUGGGCCCCUACUACGUAUAAGAAGAUCUGUCUAAACAGAUCUGUAAUCCGGAUAUGGAGCAAAUUUGAAGUUAGGGGUCUCAAAUCUUUUUAAGCAGAGCUCAAUCGGCAUCAAGCUACAACCAUUAGGCUCCAACAAUCUUUGUCAGCCCAUCGCUUGUGGACUCCCAACUCGUAGAUUGACCAGAUGGGCGUUAAGGUUUUCAGUUCGAUUUGGAACAGCCUGGGAGAACUAAGGGCAAAUUGAAAUCAAAUUAUGUUUUGAUUAGGUUAGUUUUGAAUUUGUUAUUUUAUUAAAAUAAUAUCAAAGCUCUGACUAAUAAUUUAAGUCGCUUUGAUUCAGUUCGGGUUUGGUCGAUUUAUUAUAGUUAAUGCUACCUCCGUCCUAAAAUGAUGGUCUUGUAUUUCCUAUUUGGGUUGUCCCAAAGUUAUAAUCAUGCUUCCUCUUUUGGCAAAGAAAUUAAAGUGGACGGCCA